AUGCAACCAAAUCAUUUUGGAUCUCGAAGUCGUGCGAACACGAACGAGAACGCCCCUCGAUCUUCUACGAACACAGCACCAAGCGGCGUCCAUGUCCCUCCGACCUACUGGGCGGCGAACCCACCCACUGCCCCGAUUACUUUACCACAGCCUCAAGCCCUCGCGGGUUUCCACUCGCUCAAUAAUGGGCCUACCUUUCCUUCUUCUUCGGAGCCAUCACAAUAUUCAGUGCAGACCUCUGUGACCCAGCCCUCCGAGGCCACCAGUCCGAUGCUGUCCAGGCCGGCAUAUGGUGUGCCGUCAUUCGGACCUCUUGUUGGGAGACCUCUAGAACAGCCUAUAUAUCCACAAUCCAGCAGCCGAAGUUCGUUAUCAGAUGCGUCAACAACUGUCGGCGGCCAGCGGGCCUUCGCGCCAUUGGAACCCCCACGAGUGGAAGCUCCAACGGAUGCGUCGAAUGCGCCUGACGAGCCAGCCAGAAGGUGCCAUCUUUAUAUCAGACAGCAGCCUAGAGCCGCUCGUGCCGGGCCGGAUGGAAAGGACAGAAGAGCCAUCGACCCGCCUCCAAUCUUGCAGCUACUAAUGGACGACUUCGACCCGGAUUCCGAAUCAGACGUCGCCGAGCUGCAGACCCAAUGGUGGGUGGUGUAUUGCAGCUUGGUAGCUGCUCAGUCUCCGGACACAAAUGUGACCACGAUGCCUCUGAUCACAGAGGACGGCCGGACAGAGUUGCAUCGGCUACUCCUGGGGACUCAUGUUGCGAACGUGACUCCGACCGCGGAUGAUCCCGAUCCUCCCACGAUGCCCCUUCAUCCGAUCACCAAACCCAAACCCGCUCCGACGCCACCAAGUCCGACGUCGAGAUUUUUGCCCGCCUCGUCGCGCUCUGCAGGCAGAGCACGGAGAGAAGCACACCAAGUCCCUGGAGCAUUCUUCAUCUUUGCCGAUCUUUCGGUGCGCAAAGCGGGCGAAUAUCGCCUGCGGUUUGAUCUCAUGAGGUUAGACGAUAGCAAUCUGGUCCCCGGGGCAUGUGUUCCAUGCACCAACCAAGUCAUCAGUCAGGUAUUCCGAGUGGUCAACGCCAAAGACUUUGAUCAGGUACAACCCAGCACGAAUCUGGUCCGGGGUUUACUGGAGCGUGGCGCGGGCUUUCCGCUAAAACUGAAGAAGGGCACACGGGAAGGUCAAAGGCGCCGCCGGCGUCAAUCUGGACAGGACAGUGACGACGAUUCGAAUGUUGACGAUAAUUACGACUGA